UGAAUGGAUAUAGGCCUUAGAGAUUAAAUAGGCCCAAAAUGCAUUAAUCAAUUGUAUGUGAUUAUCCAUGUUCUAGAAUGAUCUAGAAUAAUGAUGAGUCAUUGAUUAGUUUGUUAGCUAUAUAUAUUGACAUUGGGUGCAUGUAAUAAUCAAGCAAAAUGAAUGAAAAAAUUUGUUAUUUUAGAUUUAAUGUAGUUUGUUAGUAGAUUUUAGUAAUUAUCUCUUCAAAUUAUGAACAAUCAAAAAGUUGUUCAUAACAAUUUGGUGCUUUCAUUGAGAGUUUUUCAUUGCCAUGACUUCUCUCUACCAUAACCCGUUUCUCUACCACGAUCCUACCAUCAUCAAUGUUCACACCUUGUUGAAACCACAAGGCUAUCAACAACCAACCUACAGCAACACUUCACCCUCACAGCCGAACCAAUUCAUUUCUCCACCAUCCAUACCUUCCAUCAACAAACCCUUGUUUCCCUCAAAUUUCACUCACCUCAACACUCAUUCUGCAACAGAACACUACCGCCCCUCCCAAUUUCACCAACCAGCAACCUAUCAUCUUUCAAACACCAACCAUCCAACUUCAUGGGUCUCACGUACCCCUUUAAACCAUCACACACCACACCAACCCAUACACAACACCAACACAAUUUCAUCACCAUCAUUUUUUGGAUCCCAACAUUUAAUCCACACUUCCACUGCCUUGCGUCAUCAUCACUAUCCAUACCUUUAUCAUGAUCCCUAUUUUUCACCAAAAUCCUCCCCCAUCAUCAAUGAUUUUACUCCAUUACACCUUGAUCCAACACAACAGUAUGCAAAAGAAACGAUUAAAUCGCAUGAAUUAAUUACUGAUGCACAACGCUCCGUCUCCGUCGCCGAUUCGGCCGUUGCAGAGCAACCUUCAGAUACUGUUAGUACUUCAUCGUCGUAUCAUCCGCCGGCACCACGAGAUAACUUGUCAAUAUUGUUCGAUGGAGAAGAAGAUUCAUAUUGGUGGGUGCUAUGCAUUGAGAAAUUUUUCAAGGAGCAAGGAACGCCAAAUGCGUUGAAGCUUCCAACAGCUGUGCUGGCAUUGAAAGGCUGUGCUCAUCAAUGGUGGCUAUGGCAGUCUCGCCGUCAACCACCGACAACUUGGGAGGCGUUCACCACUGUUUUUCUUUGGCGUUUUAAACCUGAGUGGAGAGAAAUUUUGCCGGUAGAUAAUGAGGAGGAGGAAACAGAUCUGGAUUUGUCUCUGUCCAAAAGUAGUAGCAUUCAUGUUACAGAACCAACACAUUUCGAAGUCGUCAGCAAGAGCAUUUUCACCGUCUCGGAAACUGACGAGAAAUUCGAGACCUGUGACGAGGUAACAGAAGACAAAUUCACCCCCACCGUCGUUUCUCAAGCCGUUGAGGAAGAAAAUAAGUUUGCACCAGAUCUCAUCGCAAAUUUCAAUCCUGUGUCUGAUUCCGUUAAGCAGCAGAAACGACGUGUUUUUGACGUGACGGCACCGCUCCCACAACACCUCUUCAUCUUUGAUUCCGGCGAUGAUAAGCGACGAGUUCGUUCUCUGGCGAUUUUUGGUAAUGGCAUUUGUGUUUUCGACCCCGGCGGCAAUGAGCGCAAUUGUGGUUCUCCGGCGCUGAAUUCGAUCAACAAUCAUGGUAUACAAUCUCCUCUGCAAGCGCCAUGGGAUAGAGGGAAAUUGGGUGUGUCUAAAUCCCUCUCCUCCGUCAAACACGUCUUCCUUAAUUGUUUAUUUUCGUUCACACCGGCAGUUGUUUCGUUUCCGGCGAGGGGAGCCACUUCUGGUUGGCCAUGGGUGCCAUGGAGCUCGAGUUUAUAUGACGACCACCGUUUAAUGUCUUCGCCAUGGAAAUCGUGCGACAACGCCAUCUUACUUUCUCUGUUGUGGCUGCCGUGGGAUAGAGGGAGAAAGGAUUGGGCCUUGGAGAUGAAUUUGGACUCACGAAUGUUUGCAAUGGGCCUGCACACACGUUGGACUACUUGCAUUUCAUAAUGGGGUCAAGCUAAGAAGAAUUAGAGUUUUGAGAAAGAAUUUGGGAAUAAGUUCACUCAACACAUUUUGAAUUUUCUUUGGGUUUAGAUUAAAUUCUAGGUUGCACUAAAUUGUGGAUUUUGUUAGAUUACACCUUGAGGACAAGGUGGUUCUGCAAGACCAAUGGAAUGUAAUGAAUGGAUAUAGGCCUUAGAGAUUAAAUAGGCCCAAAAUGCAUUAAUCAAUUGUAUGUGAUUAUCCAUGUUCUAGAAUGAUCUAGAAUAAUGAUGAGUCAUUGAUUAGUUUGUUAGCUAUAUAUAUUGACAUUGGGUGCAUGUAAUAAUCAAGCAAAAUGAAUGAAAAAAUUUGUUAUUUUAGAUUUAGUGUAGUUUAUUAGUAGAUUUUAGUAAUUAUCUCUUCAAAUUA